GUCUGAAGGGUGCUGGGCGGAGCCAGGCUAGGUGCCAAACAGGCUGCUGGUCAUGAGGGGCUGCUCCGCAGUUCCGCUGGGGAAGGACAGAGACUGACAUGGAGCAGGGGAAGGGCCUGGCUGGCCUUAUCCUGGUGGUCAUUCUUCUCCAAGGUUCCAAGGCCCAGAAUAAACAAGAGGACGAUUUGAUAACAGUGGAUGACAAACGAGAAGAUGGUUCUGUACUUCUGAUUUGUAACUUGAAAGGCAAAAAUAUCAAAUGGUUUAAAGAUGGGAAUAUGAUAAAUUCCACAAAUUCAAAUAAGAACACAUGGAAUCUGGGAAGUAGUACCAAGGACCCUCAAGGAAUAUAUCAGUGUCAAGAAACAAACAAAUUUUCAGGCUCACUCCAAGUGUAUUACAGAAUGUGUCAGAACUGCAUUGAACUGAGUCCAGCCACCAUAUCGGGCUUUGUCUUUGUUGAAAUCAUCAGCACUUUCUUCCUUGCCAUUGGGGCCUACUUCAUUGCUGGACAGGAUGGAGUUCGCCACUCAAGAGCUUCAGACAAGCAAACUCUGCUUCCCAAUGACCAGCUCUAUCAGCCCCUCAAGGAUCGGGAAGAUGACCAAUACAGUCACCUUCAAGGAAACCAGCUGAAGAAGAACUGAGCUCAGGACUCAGAGUAGGUGUUCUCCCUUCUAUCCAGUUCUCAAAAUCAAAACAAUAUAUUUCGGAGCGCUCCCAACAGAGAUAUUUUUUAGCCCUAAGCCCAGUGUCAAAUUUCACAGAGGUGACAAAUGGUGAAGUGCUGUCAGAGAAAAUUUUAGGUUUUUUUCUCAAAAUAAAAUGAAAGAGCUGAGGUUGCUGGUUUGUGAUAGAGCACUGGUCUAGCCUAUGUGAAACCCUGAGUUCCAUCCUCAGCGGGUGGGGGUGGUGGGUGGGGUUGGUUUUACAGCAUGGUGUUUCAGGAGUGCCACCUACUGGGGAAAAUUGUAAAAAUAAAAAUAAAAAGAUCAAAUAACCCAUUUGAAUAGAUUUUUCAAUUUUAAUUUGUAUUGUUUUUGCAUAGGUAAUAAUUCACGUGGUUCAAACAUGCAGUAAAAGGUGUCCCUCUUUCUCCAUUCUUAGCCACCCAGUUGCUUCUCCAGAGACAAACUAAUUUCUUAUACAUCUUCCUGGAAG